CGGAAGUGUCUCAGGGUCGGGCCAGUCAGUGCCUGCGCGAGCUGACUCGUGGGGAUUACUGGCUUCAACAGAUUGAUGCCUUAGAUGAGACAUUCAUGACUGAUGGCAGUGCUGGAGGCAUGGGUGAAUAUCAGCAGUUACAUCAGAUGGACAAGGAAAUGGAAAUGGUGCCAUUACAUGGAUUAUGCAAGAUUUUGUGGCCCUGUCAGGCAAUAUUUCGAUGUUCUCUCAGGACUGACUUACUCGACGAGUACUGAAUAAUGAUUUCUCUACUGCUGAACGUACUGAGGUUGCUAUGCGAAAACAACAAGCAUUGGACAGCUUAGGUGAGAUCAUUUCACAAAAUAAAUGGACUGACCUUACUGCAACCAAAGAUUGUCAAAUGUCUGUGGGUCAAGAAGGCGAGUCAUCAGGUGAGGGGCUUUCAUUGAAGAAUGAACAUAAGGACAAGGUGCCACCAGAUGGGUUUCCUGUCCCACCACAAGACCAGACAGAAGAUGUAAAGGAUUACAGCAAGCAGAAUUCACCAAAAUAUACAUCAAUCUCAGACCAGAUGAGUCCUCUUGAAAACCAGACUCAUAAAAAUAAAGAUGUCACUUCUGAGGAAAAGACAAGAAGUCUACCAACAAACAUGCAGCUGAUACCCAAGAUGAAGUUUGAUAAUGCUAGGACAGACAUUUGUGAAGUAACAACCAAAGCUACAAAAAUUGUUAACAUCUCAACCAAUGAUUUGCUAGAAAUUAAGGUUCAAAGACAAUCUGUUCUGAAUAAAGAUUUUCAUAAUGACAAGCUAGUGCCAUCUGAUGGAUGCAACCUUUUUGAGAAAAAGACGCAGGUCAUUGAUGUGGCACAUGCAAGAGGGAGCAAACCUGUGAUUGACAUGAAUGCAAACAUUGAAAGUUUAGAACAUAUUAGAGAAUGCACUGAAGAUGAUAAAAUACAAACUUUAUGUAAUGUAGGAGAAAAUAGACUUUUUUUCAAAACAAACUUGGCAAUGACCAGUGCAGGAAAAUGUCUGGGACAAUGUGAUCAAGACGAGGUAUUAGAUUUAAGUCUACCAAAAAAGAAGGACCGCAAUAAGGAGAGGCAGUGUGAAUGGGUUGUAGACACUGAAUAUGAAGGUUCACUUCACAUGGAAGUUGACGAAAUUGAAGAUGAGCCCCAACAUGAUGAAGUGGAGCAGGAGGAUGAACUUGGAAUUUGCUGGAUGCCAUCAUUAAGUGAGGCUCACGCAUAUCUCCCACAGCAUUGGGAUGCACAUCUAUCCUCCCCCUCGCUUGAAGCCAUGCAAACUUCAUCGUACCCUAACGCCAUAACCCCAGACCCAGUGGAAACUCUACUUAUAGAUGACCAGGGCAUUCCUUACACACUCACCCUAGAUGGGCAGAAAGUCCCACAAAUUGAUAAUAUACAAGAUGUUGAAGGGUUCAAUGAACAAACAGCUCAAAGCCCAAGGCAAGCUGAAGAGAAGCCUUCUUCGUUUGCUUGCGUACAGGAUAUUGCAGACUCCAGACUGCAGACACAACCUAAUUCACUGAGUCCAAAUAUGUCUCUUGGCCUUGUCUCAGAGGAAGCCUCACAAGUUGCCCCAAACCAGGAGACUACAGCUUCUUCCAGUUCUGUAACUCUUGCAAAACCCACAAUCAUACCUGCUGUGUCUGACUUGGCAUCAGUUCCCAUUCAGAUUGUGGCCAAUACUACAGGGUCAAAUACUCCUAUUCUUCUCCUUCCUCCAUCUCAGCUUCAGUCACUUUCCUCACCAGCCUCUAAGGCUAACCCAGGACUAAUUACGCUUUCUUUACCGGUUUCUCUUAGUCAGAACACUCAGUCCUCCCCCAUGUUCUUAGUUUUGUCAUCUCCUCAGGUGUCCUCAACUCAGAGUUUGUCCUUGCCUGGGCAAUUAUCUCAAAUUUCCUCCUCUUCCACUGUUGCACUUCCCUUAGCCACUUGUCCCCUUGAUUUGGGAUCUACAUUAAUUUCCCAUCCGUCACUUCUCAGCCUCAGCACGGUUUCCUCUGCCACAGCUACAGACAUCUCAGGAUCCAAAAACCCCUCUAAUCUUCCUGCUAGCCCUACCUCAUCAACUGCUUCCUCUAGCACUUUAACAGUGACCUCUACAAGUCCAGCCAAGCAAUUCAGCACUGAUGCCUGCUCUGACACACCAGUGCCCACUUCCUUUCGGGAGGCUCUUCUCAGAUUGGCUGUGUCUGUGGAAAAAAAACAAGAAAACCAGACUGAGGCUCAAUCGGUCACUUCUCCUUCCUCAUGUUCAGAAGCAACCAAGCCGAAUUCCUCUGCCACAGUCCAGGAAAGUAAAAACCAGGAGGUAAACUGUGACGGUGAAGCUGAAUCUACCUGUGUAGAUCAAGCAGACUCACUAGAUACCCCCUCUUCCACCUCAUCCCUUUGUCCUGUAUCACCCAGCAAUCCUUCAAAGAGCCAAGACUCUUUAGGCCCACGUCGCAUACUUUACUGUCAGUAUUGUCCUCGGAUCUUCUACUAUCUCUCGGACCUUGAGCGCCAUUCCAUCACACACUCCCAAAGCAAACCCCAUGUGUGUCAGCUCUGUGGCAAGGCUUUCAAAAGAUCAAGCCAUCUUGAGCGACACAAACACAUCCAUACAGGACAGAGAAACUUUGUGUGUCAGCUUUGCCCAAGGCGUUUUCGUGAAUCAGGGGAGCUAAUGAGACACCAGAGAGUACACACCGGUGAAAAACCCUUUCAAUGCUUAAUAUGCCAUAUGCGUUUUGCAGAGCGCAACACACUGCGACGUCACACAAAGCGCAAGCACCAAGGCCAGCAGCUGGAAGCAGUGGACAUGAAGGAGAAGCAAGAAAGUGAAGGGAUUUCCCUUGCUGGUGUGCAAGCAGAGGCAGAGGAGAAUGCAGAGUGGUACAGUUCAACAGUUCCUGAAAUAGAGUCUGACAGUGACUCAGGGGGAGAAGGAACUACAUAAGGACAUAAACAAUUAGGUUAUAUUUAUUUAUUUUUACCCAAAAAUGUUAAAUAUAAGAAUUGUUGUAUGUUUAAUUUAUUCUAUAUUGACAUAACAAUUCCUUAAUUCUCAUUAGUUUCAUAUAAUUUUCUACAUUUCAUUCCUUUGAUACUUGAGGCUAUUACUGCUGAUGACUGAACGAGGCAAAAUUCACUAAAUAUUCAUUCUAAUAAGCUUCAUUUUUGAGAUAUUCAAACACUUUGUUUUAAAUCUUCGGUCAAUUAUUCAUUUCAUUUUUUUUAUGCAUGCACGUCAUUUUUCCUCAUGGGUGUGAUGUAGCUAUUGUAAUGGACUAAGACACUCAAAUGCUCUUUGUAAUUUUAGAUUGUGAUUUCUUGAAAUAACAACAUUGUGACAAGGAAUAGCAAGAUAUCUUUAACUCUCCAAAUUAUUUGGCCAAACUAGGCCUCACAUAUGCUUUUCUUGGCCAUUUAUCGUGUAUCAUGACUAAAGUGACCAUUCUUUAGCUACAAGAAACUUGGGCAAGAGCACAACUUGGGCAUUCUUUAGCUACAAGAAAUGUGUGUUUCAAACAUGUUCAGUGCAAGCCCAUUGUGACUGCGUUUGUAACAUGCAACCUGCAGAGGGCAGUUUAAUAGCACUGUGACCUCUUUAUGCUUUUUCUCAUUCCACAGUCAUUGCUUUCAUUUACAUUUUGUCCUCUGUUGCUUUAUAUGCAUUUUCCAUUAUUUUCGGCUAGUUCUUCAAAUAACAACUGAGGUAUCACAUAUUGGAUCUACUGCUUAUUCAGCUCCAUGCAUCUGACCGAAGGUUCACUUUAUGCUUCAUGAGGAACACUGAUAAAUACCAGUUUACUAUGGAAACCUGAGUUAUUUAACACAUUCGAUUGUUUUUGUAGAAUAUGCUGCACAUCUGUUGUGUACAAUUCUACAGACUUAGGUUUUUAUUAUGAUUAUUUCAGAACAUCCUCAGAUUUAUCCACUAUAAAACAUCUUGCUGUUUGUUCCUUUUGGUUUCUGGCUCUAGGUUAUAUUUUCAGAAGGGAGCAUGUGUGGUCAACAAUAUUUAGAUUUUAAAUGCGGUGAUUUUUUUUUUCUUUUCUGAACCUGAAUUAUUAUAAAAUCCUGACCUUCUUUCAGGGUCUGCUUAAUUUUUAUUGCUCUAAAUUAUGCUUUUAUAUGGACAAAGGAGGUUUUAUUUCUUCUUCAGAACUAUUGCGGAAUGUUCUAGUCCAUCUGCACAUAUUAUUUGUAAUACAAAAUUAUUUAACUAUUUAAUACAUUUUCACAAUGAUGUGCAGAUAUAAUUGUCUGGUGCUCUUGCACUUUUCUAUUUAUGCUGAUAAUGUUACAUUUAAACGUAGCAGAACACCUAACUAGUAACUACACUCCCAGAAAUAAAGGUACAAAAUCUGUCACUGGGACGGUACCUUUUUAAAAGGUACACUGUUGUACCGUACAGGUGAACAUUAGUAUCUUUAGGGUACACUUCUGUACCUUUAAGUUACUGUGAGGUAAACAUUUGUACUUUUUAGCUAUUAAUAUGUACAUUUAAAGACCUGUUGGGAACAAAAAUGUAUUUUUUAAAAAGGCAGAUUUUCUACCUUUAUUUCUGACAGUGUAGGUUAUAACCUGAAUAAAAAAAGCUGGCUUGACAAAAAGGUUUAACCCCUGAUGAACAAUUCUGUUUAUGUAAUUUGCCAUUUAAAUAACCUAUCAUCAUGCACAGACUGGACACCUUGGGUCAAUAUAAAAUUCUGUUGGUUAAUUUUCAGAUUUGAUUAUUAAUCUCAAUAUUUGCACAGGCUAAUUAAAGCUUGUCAAACCCUUCUCUUUUCCAUGCUUAAUUAACUUUGCUCUCAACUCAUGGCAGCACAUAUUCUACAGCUAUUUUAUGUGCUGGACAGUAUCACUAAAUUUGAUUCACACAGUUGUUUACGUAGUUUUAUUCAUAUAUAUUAAGACUGGUUUCGUGUGUUUUUAUUAUUGAGCUCAUUUCACAGUAGAUUUACCACAUGUUUGAAAAUACAUAUUUGGUUCUAUCUUACAAGGAGUGUGUUGAAACUGACUAAGAACAAUCUUGCACCAAUGAGAACUAUUUAUUUAUGGUGGAAAUGUUAUAUUUAAAAUGGUGUGUUACGUCACAGAACACUUAUAUAUUUAAUACACAAUUUAAAAACAAGACUGUGGAUAUUUAAACAGCCUAAUUUCUGUAACCUGUGUCACAGGAUUUUGAAUAAAAUGAAUCAAAUUCA